CAAGUUUCGCGGACUUUUGGCACGAGGAAAUCCAAAAGAAAUUGCAUAAAUCUGAAAGUAAUCGGGUAGCACCGUUACUCACAAUUGUAAAGAAGCAAGCAAGUCAGUCAUACACAUCUGGGAUGGCAUGAGGAGAUCAACAAGUAUGGCUCAAGUCAAUGGUCAUCAUAAUGGUACAUGGGACUCCCACAACAAGAUGAUGCUGGAACCUCUGAGCACAAAUGAUCCUGAGGUAUUUGACAUCAUAAAGAAGGAGAAGAGGAGGCAGACGUAUGGAUUAGAGCUCAUUGCCUCUGAGAACUUCACCAGUCGAGCAGUUUUGGAAGCACUGGGCUCCUGCAUGAAUAACAAGUACUCUGAGGGUUAUCCAGGACAGAGGUAUUAUGGAGGCACGGAGCAUGUAGACGAAUUAGAGCGUUUGUGUCAGGAAAGAGCUUUGAAAGCUUACGGGCUUGACCCUAAUAAAUGGGGAGUUAAUGUACAACCGUACUCUGGGUCACCUGCGAACUUUGCUGUAUACACGGCCAUUGUGGAACCUCAUGGACGGAUCAUGGGCCUUGACCUGCCCGAUGGAGGCCAUCUCACCCACGGCUUCAUGACUGACAAAAAGAAAAUCUCAGCCACUUCCAUUUUCUUUGAGUCUAUGCCAUAUAAGGUCAACCCAGAAACUGGAUACAUUGAUUAUGACAGACUUGAGGAAAAUGCUCGGCUCUUCCACCCCAGACUUAUUAUUGCAGGCACCAGCUGUUAUUCCCGUAACCUGGACUACAGUCGCCUGAGGAAGAUAUCCAAUGAGAAUGGGGCCUAUCUUUUGGCAGACAUGGCUCACAUUAGUGGUCUGGUUGCAGCAGGUGUGGUUCCUUCUCCAUUUGAACACUGUGAUGUUGUUUCCACCACUACCCACAAGACCCUCAGGGGCUGCAGAGCAGGAGUCAUUUUCUUCAGAAAAGGAGUUCGCAGUGUUGAUGCAAAAGGGAAGGAGACCCUGUACAACCUUGAGAGUCUGAUAAACCAGGCAGUGUUUCCUGGACUUCAAGGUGGCCCACAUAACCAUGCCAUUGCUGGAGUUGCUGUUGCUUUGAAGCAGGCUCUGACUCCAGAGUUCAAGACCUAUCAAAUGCAAGUUCUGGCAAAUUGCAGAGCUUUAGCAGCCACCCUUAUGGAAAAGGGCUACAAGGUUGUUACAGGCGGCUCUGAUAAUCAUCUCAUCUUGGUCGAUCUACGUCCAAAUGGAACUGAUGGAGGGAGGGCCGAGAAGGUGUUGGAGGCUUGUGCCAUUGCCUGCAACAAGAAUACAUGCCCAGGUGAUAAAAGUGCCUUGCGUCCCAGUGGCCUUCGUUUAGGGUCUCCGGCUCUUACAUCCCGAGGGCUUUUGGAGGAUGAUUUCCGCAAGGUUGGCGAGUUCAUUCAUCAGGGCAUUGAGUUGACGUUGGAGAUGCAAAGAAACAUGAACCCAAAAGCUACUUUGAAGGAGUUUAAGGAUGAACUGGCUCAAAAUGAGAAGUAUCAACUGAAAACUAAAGACAUCCGAGAGGAGGUGGAAGCCUUUGCUGGAAAAUUCCCCAUGCCGGGGUUGCCAGAGUUAUAAUUAUCCAUUUGACUUUUUGGUGUUCCUGAAAUGGGAUAUUACUUCUCUUUAGAUGGGGUGUAAAUGCAGUGUAACAGUGUUAUAAUGCACAUUGUUGUGAUGAUUUCCCAUUUCAUUGUCGUCAUCAUCCACAUGAACUAUCUGUCUUGGAAAGCACCAAUGAUAGUUUUGUAAAAGCAUUACUCUGUGUUUGCUCGUCAGUUAUUUUUGGUCUUUACCUGUUUUCUGUGGUUGAGAAUAGGGGACACAGAACACUGAAAUGCUCUCCAGAUAAGACCAACAGAAAAAUAUUCAAUGGCAACAACACACUAAAGUGCAAAUAAAGCCAUAAAUACUGUAAAUGUGAACAUAUGAGGACAUUUUUUUUUCUUGAUAAUUGAGUAGAAUCCUGUUUACUGUAACUAGUUACAAUUUCAAAAGACAUAUGAAUCUUUCAACUAUCUUUAUAAUACAUUUAAAGUAAGUUGAAUGUCACAAAUUGUUACAACUAAAUCGCACCACACAGCAUUAAAUAAAAUAAUUUAAUGAAAAUGAUGGUAGAGUGAUUUCACAGUGGGCAGCAACGCAAAGCACAGAUGAACCUUCAAAUUGACUCAACAUUCAUAAAUAUUUUAGCAUAUAGAUCAUUACUCCCAUACAAGCUCACAAUACUGUCUUAGAGUAGAUUUGCAUUAAGUAGCAACAAAAGUGUAUGAUUUUUACAAACACAGCGAAUAAAAUGUUAAAACAGUGGCGUGGGGUAAUAACCUUAGAAGGUAAUGUAUUUCAGUAUGGCUUUUUAUCAAUUUACAUUCAACAGACCAUGCAUUUAAAUGCAGUUAUCUGUUACUGACGAAUCGUUACAAAGGCCAAUAAUUACUGGGUAACUAAAGCAGCAGAAUUUUAAGACACAUUUGUGAUGAAACACUGGUGGCGGUCAGAAGAUCUGUCAUUUUGGAUUGCAACUGCGAUCAUGCAGUAGUGGGAAUAACAAUUCCAGGCAAUGUUCUUUGGCAGCAGCCACCAUUUGUGAGUCAUUUGUUUCACAAUUACUGCAACAGCCAUAAAUUGAAGUGCUAUUCCAUCCACAUGAACACUCAUGCUGACAUUACUUGCACACAUCUCAGACACAACCAUUUAUAUCACUUUAAAAUAUCUCGAAAAGCAGAAUGAUACAACACAUGAAAUAAAAUGGAAGUGUCUAUAAAUGGCACCAGAUUUUUGCCUCAAAGUUUCGUGCUCUCCAAACAUGCAGACGGUUGUGUAACAGAUCUCCACAACAUGACAUUUUACACGCAGUACAUUCUUUCACCAUACCACAUAAUUACAUUAUAACACAGAGGGCAGUUGACACCUAAUUUUUUUUUUUUUAAAUCUCAAUAUCUUGUGAACGGUUAUUCAUACAAUUAACCACGGUCUUUGUUUUAUAAAAUUAAUCUUUUACUUUCUUACCUCAGACAUACAUUUCCAGUAGAAAUGACUGAAAAAGGAGAAAGAUCAGGAUGAUUUGCAGGUUUUCCCUGUACUAAUAAUGAAUUUAAUUCAAUUACUUCACAAGCCAUGAAAGUAUAAAAAGACCAACAUUGACCAAUUCAUCAAUUAACAUUAAAAUGUUGACAAUUUCAACACAGAAAACGACCUAAUUCUAAUGGCACAGUUUCAUAAAGGCUGUUGGGCAAAGGUAAAUGACAGCAUAUUGAGGAGAACAUGAAAAAUAUGCUUGUGAUUUUCAUGCAGCAACAUUGCAUCUCUUAUGAAGGCAUAAGAAGAGCAAUGUUAAUAUUUAAACAGGCUACCAGGAUCAGAUUACUCUCCUCCUGCUGUUGUGUCUGUGCAUGCAAAUAGAAAAUAGGCCAAUUAUGUCAUGAAAACAUGCCUUUAAAGAGGCAAUGUUCAUCAGAAUGUUAGCCUCAGUCUCC